AUGUUGACUUUACCGUUUGAGGAGCCUGUGAUGAUGGACUCUCAGUUUGUGACAAACUUUCCCCGGGACUGCGUGGGUGAAAUGAAGGUGAAUAAACAAGACCCAUUCAAGAAAGAGGAGACACUCUCUCAUACUGACAUCAAAGCGAUGGAGGACGAGGAGUCGGAGAAGGACGAAGACGACAGGGAGGAAGGCCAAGAUGAGAAUGGUAUCCCGAGGAGAAGAGGGCCGCGAAAAAAGAAGAUGACCAAAGCGCGAAUCGACAGGGUAAAACUGAGACGGAUGGAGGCCAACGCGAGGGAGAGAAACAGAAUGCAUGGCCUGAACAACGCCCUGGACAGCUUGCGCAAAGUGGUGCCUUGCUAUUCUAAAACACAAAAACUGUCUAAAAUCGAGACUCUGCGGCUAGCGAAAAACUACAUUUGGGCUCUAUCGGAGAUCUUGAGCACUGGCAAGAGACCAGACCUAUUGACCUUCGUUCAGACUCUCUGCAAGGGACUGUCCCAGCCCACUACCAAUUUAGUGGCGGGCUGUCUCCAGCUGAAUACCAGGAACUUCAUCACCGAUCACAACGGGGAGGCUUCAUUUUCUGGCAGGUCUCCAUACGACUCGUUGUACCCAGCGUACCAUAGUCCCGACGUAGUGACACCCUCUGGGCACGGCAGCAGUUCUGUAGACAACGUCAAACCCUUCAGACCGUAUAGCUACUGCAGUGCCUACGAAUCUUUCUAUGAAAGCACCUCGCCAGAAUGCGCGAGCCCUCAGUUCGACGGGCCACUCAGCCCACCGAUUAACUUUAAUGGGAUAUUUUCCCUAAAGCAAGAGGAAACAGCUGAUUAUGGUAAGAGCUGCCACUACGGCAUGCGUUACUGCGCGGUGCCAGCUCGCAGCUCUCUCGGCCAGAACGCCAUGUCAAGGGGCUCCUCUGACAUUCAUUUCCCCUAUGACAUCCAUCUCCGCGGCCAGUUUUAUCCCAUGCAAGAUGAAUUAAACACGACUUUUCAUAAUUAA